AGUUUCAAUUAACUAAUUAAACGCAGCAAAUUAUUUCCGUGAAUUUCACAUAAUUUCUUCAACAACUAUCUUUCAUAAAGAUGAUUUACUCAGUAUCGAUAGCAUUAAGAUUCGUCUUAAUUGUUCAAACAUCGGUUCUCAUUGUUUUUGCAGAGCAUCUUAAUGAUUUACCCUGGUCGGUCGAUAAGGGUAAUUGGAUAAUCGAAGCAAAAUUGUAUAAAUCUUACAACGAGUUUUAUGACAUUCGUGAGUAUAUUUACUCGAGUGAUGUUAUUCGUGGUAAGAUUGAAAUUAGUCAUUUAUCUGGAAACGACAAACUCGAUAUUUUUUAUUCCAAUGGUUUCAAGUACGACAGAAUUGUAAUUCGAGAUAAAAAGUGUAGUCAAUAUACUUUCAGCAGUUUUAGAAAAACUUGGAGUAGUGAAUUAUUUUCAUCUAACUGGACACAACCAAUACUUAAUCAUUUACUAUUAACCGGACCUUCGAUAUUGUUCAGAUUGUCCAAUUCAAAAUUGGUUUGGACAAAAGAAACCGACGCUGAAAUUAGAGGAUUUUUAGCUCACUCUGUAAGCUCAUCGAUUGGUGGUAUAAAUAUAAUGUCAUAUUAUAAAGGUCACACGGAACAAUCGUUUGGACCAUUAAACACAGAGCGAUUACAAUUUCAAGGAUCUGACAAUUCCUAUCAGAGAGCUCAACGUGAAAAUUUUUAUAUCGAUAUUUAUAAAGUUACGAAAACUGAUGAACAGCUCGAUAAAAUUGUUACUGUUACACCAGGAUAUGGUUGCUCUAGUUAUUUGGUUAAGAAAGGCUCAAAUCAGUGGAUAAAUCCACCUAACAUGGUACGAUACUCAUUACAUUAUAUUUCAAAGGUUUAUAAUGAAGGUAUCGAAAAGUCAAUCACACAGAAUGAGGUACUCAUGACUAAUAAUUUGAACAUAGUAAGCUUGAAGACAAUUAGUCAAAGUAUUACAACUGAGGCACUUUAUGAUUAUACAUUGGGGAUCUAUUAUACUGAGAAAGAAAAGGGUAAAUGCUCAAUAUUACCUAUUGGGCCUGGAAGUCUAGGUUUAGAUGAAAAUAACAGACUAUCGUCCGAUUUAGUCUUGAAUUAUCAUGAUGUCGAUAAAUACAAUUAUGUUGGUAAAGUUUUCCUUAAUUCUGAAUCAGGUUAUGAAGCUCAUGUUUGGGAAACUACCCUCAAUCAUUAUCAAAUUGGAGGAAAAAAGUAUGAUAAAGUUGUCAACACUCAAUAUUUUGUUUCUUCGCCUGAUGCCGAACUUUUUAGAGACUUUGAACUCGUACGAACUACUCUGAAUGGUUAUAAGAAGUCAUCAACCGGUCAAUAUGAAUUAGUAGAUUCUACGAGAAUUGAUUACUUUAAUCUGGAAGCAAAAAGCUCUGAUGGUGACUUUGAGAGUAAUCUGUUGAUGCGUUUGAGUGAUUGCUUUCCAAUCGAAUCAAAGAAAACUUUUGCAUUUCAUUUAGAAUGUGAUAAAUGUAAAGACGUUGAUAAAUGCCUCAAAUUAGGAACAAGCAAAUAUCCGUUUUUUCUUAGUAGUACUCGAAAUUUUUUUAGCUCAAGCACAAUUUCCGUUUCUCGACUAGCUGAAAUUGAUCUCAUAUUCCAAGAUAAGAAGAUGGUUAUAUUAAUAACCUUCUUAGACGUUCCGGAUAUGAAAGGUUAG